AUGGAAAUGUCUGAGAAGAACUAUAAGUACGGAAUGACUGGGCCAUUGUCGAUGAAAGAGAGCACAGAAGAAGAGUAUGGAAUGUCUGUGGAAAUGGAUAGGUAUCUUGAGGAGUGUGGGUUUUUUGAGGAUGAGUCUGAAGGACAGACCAGAGAAAGGGUUCUUGGUAGAUUGAAUUUCAUGGUGAAAGACUUUGUGGCUAAGAUGGCAAAGAGCAAAGGAGGCACAGAAGGAGAAAAGCAGUGUGGAGGAAAGAUAUUUACCUUUGGUAGCUACCGAUUAGGAGUGCACAGUAAAGGUGCAGAUAUUGAUGCUCUGUGCAUUGUUCCUAGGCACGUAAGCAGAAGCGACUUUUUCGUAUAUUUUUAUGAAGAGUUGAAGAAAAAUCCAGGCAUAGAAGAGAUUACGAAGAUAGAGGAAGCAUUUGUGCCAAUAAUUAAAUUCAAAUUUCAAGGGAUUCCGAUUGAUUUAGUGUUUGCUCGGCUUAAUGUUCCUGUGGUGAAGGAGGGGAUCAAUCUGUUGAAUGACACGCUUCUGAAGAAUAUGGAUGAGAAGUGUAUACUUUCAUUGAAUGGAUCCAGGGUUACUGAUGAGAUGCUAAGCCUUGUUCCAAAUGUCAAGGUCUUCCAUUCUGCAUUAAGGUGUGUUAAAUACUGGGCAAAAAGAAGAUGUGUAUAUGGAAAUUCGUAUGGGUAUUUUGGAGGAGUUGCGUUUUCAUUGUGUGUUGCACGUGUGUGCCAGCUGUAUCCUAAUGUAAGUUCGUUUGUGAUUGUGAGUAAGUUUUUUGAAUUGUUUUCAUCAUGGAAAUGGCCGAUGCCUGUUAUCUUGCGUCCUGUGGUUGACCUGAACUUUAACCUGAAGGUAUGGGAUCCGAAGAUUCAUCCGUCUGAUAAGUACCAUAGAAUGCCAGUGAUUACACCUGCAUAUCCUUCGAUGUGUUCCACGCAUAAUGUAUCUAACAGUACACAGCAUGCGAUUACAACUGAGCUCACAAGGGCGCAUGAGAUUUUAUGCAUGAUUGAGAAGAACGACAACAAGAAGGGUGAGCAUGAAAAGAGCACGGAAGAGAGACUUGAAAUGAAGAAGAGUUGUUUUAGGAAGAUAUUUGAGCUUUCUGAUUUUUUCAGCAAAUACAAGCUUUUUAUAGAAGUGAUGGCGACUUCUGUUAAAGUAGAGAAUGAGGAAUUUCAGAAGUGGGAGGGAUAUGUUGAAUCGAAGAUCCGGAUUCUUGCAUCUAAGUUUGAGGCAGUGGAUGAUAUUUUGUAUGCAAUACCGUUUCCAAAGGUAUUUGAGGUUUCUAGUGAAAAGAUCGCGAGAGUGUGUGCAAAUACAUGCACAAAGGAAAUAAGAAGAUGCACGGUGUUUUUUAUUGCGAUUGAUAUUAUUCCUGUGAAAGGCAAGAAGGUGUUUGUGGAUCUGCAGGUUAAGGACUUUGUUGAGUUUAUAAAUGGUUAUGAAGGAAGGCCCGAUGGAAUGAGUAUUGAGGUUCACAGUCUAAAGAAGAAGGAUGUACAGGAGUUUUUAAGAAUGUAUUAUGGAAAGCCUAAGGACCAACCUGAAGAAAGCAAAAGACGUAAGGUUGGUGACAGAAACGAUGAGUGA